AUGAAACUGACAGAUCGAAAACAAAGCCAAACCCACGUGAAGUAUCUCACAGGGAAAGGUGUUUUCUGUGAAAAGCCAAUUUCACAAGAUAUUGCUGGAACUGAGGCAUGCUACGUAGAAUCGGAAAAAGCUCGGAAACCCUUGUUCUGCUCGUUCAACAGGAGGUACGACCCCAGUAUUAGAGGCGUUCUUAAUGGCAUCGAGGAGCAGAAUGUUGGUGACAUCCAUAUGGUCAAAAUGUGCAGUCGAGACUCUCCUCUACCGCCUAUGAGCUACCUGAAGAUAUCUGGAGGCAUAUUCCAUGACUGUGCAGUUCAUGACAUCGACGUUAUCUGCUGGAUUCUUCACCAGUAUCCAGUCUCUGUCUAUGCUCAAGGCCACGCCCACAUCAAGGCCAUUGCUGAAAUGGAUGAUGUUGAUACAGUUGCUAUAACGAUGAAAUUUCCCAGCGGCGCCUUGGCGAUGAUUGAUCUCAGUCGCAAUGCCAGUUAUGGCUAUGACCAAAGAUUAGAGCUGUAA